UAGGUAAUCCUGAAGCUGCAAAGGCAGGAGAUCAGAUCCCUGUCUCCGUAGUAUCUUAUUAUAUUUAAUAUUUAAUAUAUAAUUAAUUAGAACGUCCACGUUUAAUAAGUAUCUUGCAGGAAGAAGAAACUGAAGUGUAUAUAUAGGUCCCCAUGACACUCCCCUCAACUCAGCAACAACAACACUUACUUGAAGUUGUGCUAUUCAAUCCCAAAGCCACAGAAAUAAUAUUAUUCAGAUUUUAGAGACUGAAAACAUCAUGGCCAACCUCGACCUCGACCCAUUCCAGACAAGCAUCUUAAUCCUCGUCCCAAUAGCACUCCUGGUGGCGUUACUAUCUCGUACUCGUCGAAGAGCACCCUACCCACCAGGCCCAAAGGGUUUACCAAUCAUAGGAAACAUGUUAAUGAUGGAGCAGCUAACCCACCGCGGCCUCGCCAACCUGGCCAAACACUACGGCGGCAUCUUCCACCUCCGCAUGGGGUUCCUCCACAUGGUCGCCAUCUCCGACCCCGUCGCCGCGCGUCAGGUUCUCCAAGUCCAAGACAACAUCUUCUCCAACCGCCCAGCCACCAUCGCCAUCAGCUACCUUACCUACGACCGCGCCGACAUGGCUUUUGCCCACUACGGCCCCUUCUGGCGCCAGAUGCGGAAACUCUGCGUCAUGAAGCUCUUCAGCCGCAAGCGCGCCGAGUCCUGGCAGUCAGUCCGCGAUGAGGUCGACGCCGCCGUUCGCGCCGUCGCUAGCAGCGUCGGAAAGCCCGUCAACAUUGGAGAAUUAGUGUUUAACCUCACCAAGAACAUCAUCUACCGCGCCGCGUUCGGGUCGAGUUCCCAAGAAGGCCAGGACGAGUUCAUUAAAAUACUGCAGGAGUUCUCCAAGCUCUUUGGCGCGUUUAAUAUUGCGGAUUUUAUACCCUAUCUCGGGUGCGUGGAUCCACAAGGUUUGAACUCGAGACUCGCUAGGGCACGUGGCGCGCUCGAUAGCUUCAUUGAUAAGAUCAUCGAUGAGCACGUGCAUAAGAUGAAGAAUGAUAAGAGCAGUGAAAUUGUUGAUGGAGAAACGGACAUGGUGGAUGAGUUGCUGGCGUUCUACAGCGAGGAGGCGAAGUUGAACAAUGAAUCGGACGAUUUGCAGAACUCUAUCAGACUCACUAAGGAUAACAUCAAGGCUAUCAUUAUGGACGUGAUGUUCGGAGGCACGGAAACGGUAGCGUCAGCGAUCGAGUGGGCCAUGGCGGAGCUCAUGAGAAGCCCAGAAGAUCAAAAGCGGGUCCAACAAGAGCUGGCGGAUGUAGUGGGCCUGGACCGUCGGGCCGAAGAGUCCGAUUUCGAGAAACUCACUUAUCUCAAAUGUGCCCUCAAAGAGACCCUCCGCCUCCACCCUCCGAUCCCGCUCCUCCUCCACGAGACGGCGGAGGACGCGACGGUCGGCGGUUACCUCGUCCCCAAGAAGGCGCGUGUCAUGAUCAACGCGUGGGCCAUUGGGAGGGACAAGAACAGCUGGGAGGAACCCGAGACCUUCAAGCCCGCCCGGUUUCUUAAACCGGGCGUGCCCGAUUUCAAAGGGAGCAACUUCGAGUUCAUUCCAUUCGGGUCGGGUCGCAGGUCCUGCCCCGGGAUGGUGUUGGGGCUCUACGCGCUCGAGUUGGCGGUGGCGCACCUCCUUCACUGCUUCACGUGGGAAUUGCCAGAUGGGAUGAAGCCAAGUGAGAUGGACAUGGGUGACGUGUUCGGACUCACCGCUCCAAGAUCCACGCGACUCAUUGCUGUGCCAACCAAGCGCGUGGUGUGCCCUCUCUUUUAAAAAAACAACAAUUUGGAUCUUUUUUCUUCCUUUUUUUUGUAUUUUCUUUUUAUCCCUCAAUUAUACAUAAUCAUAUUAAAAUAAUAUAAAGGGAAAAAAAGGCAGCUACACAAUAAGAAUGUGGGAGUAUUUGGAAGAAAAAAAAAUUGUAAACAAUCAAUUAUAUGCAUUUUGUUAUUUUUGCCCCA